AUGGAAGAAUCGUACAAUUUUGCAACAACUAUUUUAACAUCAAAAUCACCAGAACAAGCAGCUGCUAUAGUACCCAAUGUUAUCACGGGAUCAACCGGAUUAAACAAAGAUUUAAUAGCAUGGUUCAAUCAAUAUAGUUCUGCAAUUUCUUCUCAUAAUCAAGCUUUAAAAUCAUUACUUGAAGAAGCUAAUAAAAUUGGAAAACGUAGUAAUAUUGGAUUUAAUAAUUUUCCAAGGAAUUGGAAUUGUUUAUUAAAUUCAGUUCAAUUAGAUUUAAAUAAUAAUGAAAUAUUACAAAAAAAUUUAAAACAAGAAAUUAUAAAUCCUUUAAAAGAUUUAAUUGAAAAAGAUGUUAGAAUUUCAGAAUUAAUUGUAAAUGGUCAAGAAUUAAAUGAAAUAAGUCAAAAUUUAACAAAAGAUGGUGAAUAUCAAUGGAAUUAUAAAGCUCCUCAAACUUUUCAAAAUUUAGAAGAUUUUAAAAAAAUUGAAAUUCAAUUAAUGUUUGAUAUAAUUUUAAAUUAUUUUCAAUUAUUUAAUGGAAAAUUAACAAAAGAAUUAAAAAAUAAUGAAAAUUCAACUAAUUAUUUAUUAGGAAGUUUUAAAUUAGAUCAUGAAAUGGAAAAUCAAUUAGAUUAUUUACAAAAUACUCAAUUUCAAUUACCAAAAUCUAAUUUUCCAUCUUCAUCUACAGGAGCAGCAGGAGCAACAGGAAAUGCUCAACCACCACCAAAACAAAAAAGAAUGAGUUCAUUUGGUAGACUUGAUAAACAUACUUCUUCUACCGGUAGUGUUGGAUCUGAUUCUUCAUCUCCUAAAAAACAAUCAAAAUUAAAAUCAAGAGUUGGUUCAAUAUUUGGUAGAAAGAAAAAGAAAGAUCAACAAAAUCAAAAUCAAUUAAAUCAUGAACAAGCUAUACCAGAAGAUGCUUCAUUAUCAACUGAAACUUCAACUACAAGAUCUGCUCCAAUUUCAAGAAAUGCAACAAGAAGAUCAACUUUAGAACCACCAAUUGGUAAUCAAAGACAAGAUUCAUUUAAUAGUCAUCAAAAUGAUAAUUCAAACAUUGGUGUAACUGCUUUACCAACUCAAAGAUCUCCAUUCCAACCAUUACAACCUACUAAAAAAUCUCAACAACCAUCACAACAAUCGGCAUUUCCGGAACAAACUCAAAAUUAUUCAACUCAACAAUCUAACUUUGGAUCUAGUCAACAACAUCAACAACAACAACAAUCACAACCAAUCACACCUACUCAUGAUAAAUUUAUCAGAUCUACUCAAGAUCCAAUCGAUUCACCAAAUGUUAUUAAAUAUAAUGAUAACGAUGAGGAAGAUGAUGAAGAAGAUGAAGAUGAAAGUGAUGAAGAUUCAAUAAAUAAUGGAAGAAGAUCUUCAUUAUUACAAAGACAUAAAUUAGAUACUAAUGAACAAACUCCAAGUCAAAGUCAAAGUCCAGCAAUUGGAUCAUUUUCUCAAUCAAACAAUAAAUCAUUACCUCAACAACCUCAACAAUAUCAACAACAAUCUCAACAGAUUCCUCAACAAACUUCUCAACAACAACUGUCUCAACAGGUUCCACAAUUAUUUCAACAACCAAAACAAAGUAUUCCAGCUAGCGCUUACCUUGACACUCAUCAAAGAUCAAGACAAAGUAGUGAUGGAAAAUAUUCAUUUGAGGUUGGAGAUGAUCAAAAACCAAUCAGUGCAACUCCAAGAAGUGAACAAAAUGGUUUUAAUAUUGAAUCACCUUCAUCAAAACAACAACCUAUUGAACCAGUUGUUGAUACUCAAGCUGGUGGUAAUGGAUUAGCUACUACCGUCGCUGCUGGAAUUGCUGGUGCUACUGGUGCAGCAGCAGGAGCAGUUGCUGGUGCAUUAACAGGUAUUUCAGAAUUGGGAAAUAACAAUAGUAGUGACAGCAACAACAACAACCACAACUUCAACGAAAGUCAAACUUCGUCAUCAUUAUCGAAUAAACCAGCUCCUCCACCAUCAAGAAAAGUUGUUCAUCAUGAUACUACAACUUCAACUAAUUCAACAUCAAGAGAUUCAACAAUUUUCCAUAAUUUACCAUCUGCUACAUCAUCAUCAACAAAUACAAGAGAUUCAUUUAUUCAACCACCUUCAGUAAUUUCAAGAAAUUCAUUUAUUAAUAAUCAAAAUUUUAAACCAUUAGUAAAUCAAGAUACAGGAUCAUUAUUAAAAAAUGAUUUUAAACAUUUUAAUUUAAAUGAUGAUUCAUCAAAUUUAGGAUUAAAUACAUCAAUUGCAGAAAUUAUAAAUGCAAAUUUUAAAGAUGGUCAAUUAAUUUCUUCACAAUUAUUAGGUGAAGUUGCUUUUAAUUAUAAUGGAAAUUUAAAAAAUCAAUCACCAAUUCAAAUUAAUAUACCAUAUAAAUUUGAUAAAUUAAUUGUUAAUAAACAAUUUUUUACAGAAUUAGGUAAUAAUCAAUAUUCAAUUGAUCCAUUAUCAAUUUCCAAAAAAACAUUAGGUGGAUUAAAAUAUUUAAUUAAAAAUUUACAAGUUCCUAUAUUAAUUCAACAAAUUUGGAAAUUUGAACCUCAUCAAUCAAGUUUGAUGAUUAGUUUAAGAUCAAAUUUACCAAUAGAUAUAAUUUUAGAAAAUUUAAUUGUAUCAGUUGCAUUAGAUUCAAAUGUUGAAGCAACUUCAGCACUGUCAAAACCACAGGGAUCUUUUAAUAAAGAUAAAAAUAGAAUUACUUGGAGAUAUAAUAAUUUAAUCAAAUUAAAAUCAAAUGGGGCAAAUGAAGAAAAAUUAAUUGCAAGAUUUAUGACUAAUGGUAUAGGUAAAGAAUGUGAAUCUGGUGUACAAUUAAAAUUUGCAAUUUCAAAUGCUAAUGAUGUAUUAAAUAGUUGUAAAAUUUAUUUAAAUGAUGAUGAAUCUGCUGGUGGUAAUAAUGAAGAAAUUCCAUCUUUUAGAAAUUUAAUUAGUGGUCAAUAUAGUUCUCAUAUAUAA